GGCAACCAACGAUGUUGCAGCUGUGUGUGUAUCUGUUUGCUGUGCUCCUGACUGAAUCAGCCGCUUACAAAUGUUGCCCUCCUCAGAGAUGGAAAGCCAAAACGUUCUUCACCAGUCUAGAACUAAACAACAACUGGCCAAACUUUCUUUGGCAAAAUGGAGAAUUCUACCAAGACGCUACCAAUGAGAGAAGUGUUGAGGUUUUCGAAAACCGAUACCAUGGAACUGUAAAACAUUUGAAAAUCAUCUCAGAUUAUAAGACUAAGCUAAGGUACAGAGUCAACUCAGACAAGAACAUAUGUUCUGUGGAAUAUAACAACGAGCCAUUCCAUACCUACUGUAUACCAGACUCUGCCACGAACAGGUUUCAGGUGAAACUGGGUUUUGGAGAUAACUCCCUCGAAGCAACUGCUUAUUAUGAUGAAAGUAACCUUCAGAAUGGCAAAUACCAAAUAGGGUCAUGGUACUUCGUCAAUGAAGCAUGCAUUCCUGUUCAAGGUGACAAAAUUGGUCUGGACAAGAAGUCGUUUCUCGACACCACGAUCAUCGCAUCAAUCACUACCGGCUUUGAUGACUCAAUCUUCGAUAUUCCAUCGAUCUGCCCCACCGUUGUCCCUCCGAUGGAAAGGAAGUCGACGAACUUCUUUGAUGUCAUCCGUUACAAGGCCGCCAUUGAGAAGCUGUAAGGAAACACUUUUGUAAGCGUCACAGCCGAUAUGGAGAAAUGUGUUGAUUGAUGCACAUGAUUCUCUCAUCUUCCCUAGGCAAGGGAAUUAACUGACUAUAACAGUCCAGUUUCCAUCCUUGCCGAAUUUCUGUGCUCGAUCGUAGCGCCACCAGUGGUUAUUACGAGUUUUGUCCCUUCUAUGCCCCUCCUAUUGACCAAUCAGAUUCCGCCUCUUGGAUCACGUGCAUUUGCAUCAAACAAAAUGGCGUCGCCCAGCAAAGACGAUCUGAUCAAUAAUCAAGAUCUAUAUCGUGAUAAAACGUGUCUUACAUCGCGAAGUGCAUCAAAGCACGUGAGCACCUUGAUUAAAAACAUGAAAAGAUUUGGAAAAUAUCUGUUGACGCACAUACUUUGCAAAUCCUGCAAUCGACCGAAAUUGAACGGCAGUUUACGAGCCGGAUUUCGAUUUCCUUACCACCAUUUUGAUUUUGAGCUAUGCAUAGACUCGUUAGCCGAAAUAUAACUCUAUAAUACCAGCCUAGUUCGGCAAGUGUGGAAACUGGACUGUUAAAGGCAGUUAACUCUCUUGUCUCGGGAGGAUGGAUUCUCCAUACAGGUUGUGAUCUGGCCGGCUGCCAAUGCCCACAUUCCCGUCUGUCCCUUGCUGAAUAAACUGUUAACCAUUGUCGAUAUCACA